GGAUCAGGGUCAACUCUUGUCAUAUGUUGCCAAGCUGAGGACAAAUGAUAUUAUGCCAUAAUUAUUACAAUACUGAAAUAUUUGUGAAUGUAAUAGUGUGCAAUAAUUUAAAUAACUAUCGUCUAAAUUAACGAACUGAGCAUUUACUAAAUACGAUUAUUGUUUCGACUUAUUUCCAAAGUACAAUGUUGAGCCUAAAACUUUUUCGUCAAACCAAAUGUUCGAUGUUUGCUGCCCAAAGACCAAUAUCGUUUAAUGCACUGUCAAAGUGUGUGAAUCGAUUUAAUGUCACCAGUCAUUUGGGCAACAAAACACUAACUAAGCCUUUAUUGACUGCUCCAAUGAUAGCACGUUUCACUGGAAGUGCUGCAGCUGUCAAGACCGGUAAAAAUUAUGCUAGUAUUUGGAGAACCGAACGUAUUGUUUCUAUAGCACUAAUGGGAUUGUUUCCUGCCUCAGUAUUAUAUUCAUCUCAAAUAGUCGACACUUUAUUAGCAGCAAGUAUUAGUCUCCACGUUUACUGGGGACUUGAAGCAUUGGUAGUUGACUAUUUACGUGUACCAGUUGUAGGACAGCUGGCUAACAAAGCUGGACAUGUAGCUGUUGCUCUUCUUGCGAUUGUCACCUUGGCUGGAUUUUUGCAAGUUACUUUUGUUGGUGAUGGACUUGGCAAUGCCAUUGUUCAACUUUCGAAGUUGUAAUAAUACUUAAUAUUUUUUCAUGUAGUGUAACAUGUAAAUAUUCUGUUUAUAAAAUCGUAAUUUUAUCUUUUUAUUUGUUGUAUGGAAAUUAAAGUCAAGUUCAAUUAUAGUAACAAGCAAUAAAAAAAAUAUUCCACAAUUCA